AUGUCGGAAGAAAAAUCGCUGAGUGUGCUUCUUGGAUUAACCGAUGCCAUAUCAGAGUUAGAAACAUUAGAAGAGAAGCUGGACGAAUUAUACUUACUCAACGAGAGGGCUGCGGAGAGGAAGUAUCGGGAAAACGUUCAGCUGAUUAUUAGUUCCAUAGAUGACCUCUUUCGCUCAAACUAUAGUCUCUUGAAAUCGACUCCAUAUGAAAAACGUCAAUUAUUCAUCGAAUCGAUCAACCAGAAAGUAGAUCGAAUUAAAGAUAAAGUUGUAAAGGUGAAUGAAAUUAAGCAAGUUGAAUUUAAUGAUCGAAUAACUCAUCUAAAAUUGUUGAGCAAUACACGUUUCGAUGAAAAACCAUUACAAUUCGCCAAAGAAUGUGUCCGGUACAUGUAUAUGUUGAGUAGUUUCGAAAUUAAACUGUGCAAAUUACUCGAUGAACCAAUUGUGAAAUGUCUAUUCGAAAAUACGUAUCAUACAUUAACAAAUGCUCGUAACAAAGUUGUUAUUGCAGCUCUCGGUAUUCUUAAGUCAGCAAAAAGUAGUUUUAUCAACUUUCUUCUUGAAGACGAAAUAUGUCCGACCGGAGACGAAGCAGCUACAGCUCGGUUAACAAAAAUAACAUACGGAGAACGGAUGAAACUCGUUCAUAUUUCUGCAAAUGGAAAACCGUCUGAACCUCGCUACUUCCAUAGUAAGCAGGACCUGUUAGCUGAAGCCGUAACACUAAUAAAGCCAGUCACAAUGGACGAGCGUCUGGAAGGAAUGAACGAUGAAAUUGUAAUUGAACUUCCACUGGAAGAAUUGAAAAACAUUGAACUUUGGGAUAUUCCUGGUUUGGAUGAAAACAAAGCAAUCGAUGCUAGAGUAAAAGAAAUUGUUGAAAGUGCUGAUGUAAUAUUUGGGAUAAUACCACAUAGGGAAAGGUUAAGACAAUCGUUUCAAGAGUAUAUGAAACCACACUUAAAAAUAAACCGAAAUUUUGAUCAGUCAGACGCAGACGUUAACAACUCUGCACAAAAGAUGGUAUGUUUUAUCGUUACUCUAAUCGACACAUUUACAGUCAACAAUCAAACAAAAAAAAGUAGAGAUACCGUAUUACAGGAAUUAUUCGAUACCUUCAAAGAUGAGAUGCCAAUUGAAUUAGGUUCAGAUGUUGAAUCGUCCAACAAUUUUAUAUCUAUGUGUGCGCUUGAUACUUAUGCAGAAGAACUUUGUACUUUGCUGCAUAAGCAAAUAGAAGAAACACUUUUAACAGCACUCAGUGAACAAUACAGAGCAAUAAUUGCAAAAAUUUAUGAAAAAAGCGCUAAAUACGAUCAUCUGAAUGUCCACUUACUUAGUGACUUUGUGAAAAAUAAGAAAGGCCUGAUAACUGAAUUAUAUCUGGAUCUUCUUAAUGCGCAAUUCAUGACCAUUUAUCCAAAAUUUAAUAUAACAAACAAUAAACUCGGUGAAAGUAAUUUUCAAGUAUUUACAGGCAACAUCGUUACGAAAGACGGUGACACAAGGGAGAUGGCAGCAAAAAAGAUACCGCUCAAAUCGUUUAAUAUCCAAGAAGUACGCUACAUGAAGAGCCUUUGUCAUACGAAUAUCGUGGAAUAUUACGGUGUCAAGAAGAGCGAAACAGAAGCAAAUAUGUAUUACUUGAUUAUGGAGAAACUUGACAGUGAUCUCGAAACAUAUGUUGGACGAAAGAAACACAUAAUAACAGUCCCUCAGAUAUCAGAAAUAUUCGGACAAAUAGCAGAAGGUUUGAAAGAGCUCCACCAUGAGCAGUUGAUACAUCGAGACUUAAAACCGGCCAAUAUCCUGGUGAAAGAAACAAAUCAACCAUUGUUUAAACUUGCAGAUUUUGGUUUAGUACAUUGUGAUCCCAUCUCAUUUGCUGGAACACGCGGAUUUAUGGCGCCCGAAUUUGUCAAUAAGAAUCUUGGUCCAAUAACCGAAAAGUCGGAUGUCU